AGCGACUCCAUUCCAGAGAGAGAGAGAGAGAGAGAGAGAGAAAGGGGCGGGGCGCGAGCUUUAAGCAGAGCGUCUCCGGUUUUCUCGCAUCAGCACAUAACGUACGCGCGCGCGCCGCUUCACCGUGUCCGCUGUUUGUCGAGUUGUUAUUUUCCGCACACAGCGCGUGAGGAGGGAAUAUCAGAGUCCCGGUCACGGGCGCUGCAGGGGGACUGAGAGACACGCCGGGGCACGCGCUCCGGGAUGGUGGAUAUACUCACGUGCGAUUAGCAAGGAACUGAAAACCCGGACAGAGCGCGCGCAAGGUGUAAUGGAGUGACGGAAGGCCCGGACGUCUGGAAUUUCGUCUCAUUACCAUCUCUCGGUGUGGAAUUUUAGCGGGAAUACUCGUCCUGAAGAUACGCUUCUGCUUCCUCGCCUCGCCUUGUCGUUCUUCCCCUCUCCACGCUGUUGCACGAGCUCUCUCUGUGUUGUUCUCGGGGACACUCGGUGUCCGACAUGUCCUCCAAAGCGCCCAUCUACCUGAAGCGCAGGAGCCGCAAAGGCAAGAAGGAGAAGCUGCGCGACCUCCUCUCGUCCGACAUGAUCAGCCCGCCGCUGGGCGACUUUCGCCACACCAUUCACAUCGGGAGCGGUGCCGGCGGCGACAACGUCUUCGGCGACCUCUCCUUCCUCCAGGGCAAGUUUCAUCUGUUGCCCGGGCAACAAGGUCAGCAAGACGCGAUCCAGUGGAGCUGCGCCGCCACCGAGAGUUCGCCGCUGCUCAAGAAUGCCCUUUCGCUUCCCGUCAUCGGAGGAGUGCAGGCGCUCACGCUUCCGCCCUCGGCCCCUGUCGCAUCGCAGCCUCUUGCCCCUGCCACAGCUCCGCCCCCAAAACCUCCCAGACUGCACCUGGAGUCCCCUCACACGUCGCUCCCUGGCUCCCCGAAGCGCUCGAACGAUCACGAACAGCCUUGCGUUGGGACAGAAGAAAAGCACGGCGAGGAAAAGCGCGGCGAGAAAGACGACGAGCAUCCAUAUCUGUCUCACGCCGGCUCCUUGCUCUCGCUCCACCUGGACCUGGGACCGUCCAUCCUAGAGGACGUCCUGCAGAUCAUGGACACCCAGAGGAUGGGAGGGAUCGCUGGAGGGUUCGCGCCAAACGGACGGCAAGAAGUCUACACCUAAAACAUUCUCGCGGCCUUGUUCUUUUUUCCUUUUCUUUGUUCCCUCUCUUUUUAUUGCCAUGAGUGCUGGAUUGAACAGUAACUUUUCUGUUUGUCCUUGAACUUGUUCUCUUUCACACUGGGAGUGUUCAAGGCUACAGAGACUUUUUUUUGGGAGAUAAAAAAAAAACAAAAAACUGACAACUUUUAUGACUUCCUGGUCUUCCUUCUCACUCUCCUGAGCCACUGAUUAAAUAUUAAUUCAUCUUUCAGACUCGUUCUACAGCCUGGACUGCAAUUUCUGUAGUAGCCCGCGUGCGUGCGUGCGUGCGUGCGUGCGUGCGUGCGUGUGUGUGUGUGUGGAUCUUUUAUUUUUGUUUUUAACUCGAGGGAUCAACUGCAGGAGAAGAAAAACGACCUUCUGUCAGCACUGAGAAUGACAUCAGCUUUCUCCUCGGUGGUGUUGCCAAUAUCUGAACAAAUACACACACACACACACACACACACACACACACACCUCUCCUAUGAUUUUACUAGAGGAGCUCACAUUAUGUCCAAGAACUACGAAUAAGGAAAGGUAUCUCGGUUAAAGACCAAGGGAGAAAAAAAAAACCCCUCUGCGUAUGUCUUCCAUCUUAGUUGGAGAUGUGAAAGGACUUGGAACGUUGCACCUUUUGGUUUUUCCGGAUGUUUCUGCGCUCGGACUGGGACGGUUGAUCCCUGCUCUGAUUCCGAGCCUUUUUUAGACGGAGGUGUGAGGAUCGGUUCUGUCGCUGAAACCACAGCUGGGAUUUUUAUACCGAGCCCCUGGAGAUUUAUCACCAGAGCGUGUUCGAGCCUUCGAGGCGAAUUCCAAAAAAAAAUUAAACAAAUUCAGCUCGGUGAAGUAAACAAGGUUAAGAGGGGAAAAAAAAAAGCUCAGUUCUAGAGAAAUGUACUGUAAUUUCUUUGCGUUUCGCGUUCAUAAAAAAAAACAAAA